CCUUUGAAUCUACAUGAAACAGAGGAACACAACACAACAAUGGCCUCUCACUUCUUCACACCGUCACCAACACCAACCACCACCGGUGAUGCCGUCUAUGUAGCAACGGUGCCGCUUAAAGCGUCCCCUGGCCCACCACAGCUUAUUAUGUCUAUGGCUUACUCACUUAACCUCUGGAAACUACAGCAUUUUAUGGUCCUCAUCAAACCUUCUUCUCCUAUUCGUCAAGAGGUAGUUGUGUUUGAUUUUCAGCCACGUAAUCCAGAGAGCAUAGAAGCAGCAAUCUCAGUUUUGUCAGGAAAUUUGAUUCCAGGUUCUGAUUCCCAGACAAUGAUAUCGAAUGUAAUCUGUGAUUCAUCAUUCAGAUAGUUUUUUUUCUCGGGAUUUCGACGAAUCUUUUUGAUCAUGGGGGAGAGUUUUGUGUAGAUAAAAAAGGUGAAAAGAGUAGGUGUAAAUGUAGUCAAGAUUCUGAUUUAAACUUUUUUUGUUGGUUGGAUAGGUGUAGUUCUUGAAAGAAGGCUGAAGAAUGUUCCAAGGCAAAGAUGUUGGAU